CAAUGCUUGGUGAGAGAAACCAUACAGUAGUUAGAAACAGGAAAAUGCAUAACCAAAUGCUCUAUCUACCUACUGACUUCAACCAACCACAUAAAUGUAGUUUUAAAUAUGCACAAUUUCCUAGUUAUGUUACCUCUGCUAUUGUAUCAGUAGUAUCAAGUUUAAGACUCUGCACAUUCAAUGCAUUGCCCCAGAAGUACUAAAAAUUGGUUCUAUGGAGAAAAGAACAAGAACUCUUUCCGUGGCCAUCUCUUCUCUUUUUAUGUUUUCUUUCGUUUGCUUUGUUAAGGGUAGCCUCUCUUUCAACUUCUACGCAGCUUCAUGCCCAUCAGCUGAGUUAAUCAUAAGAGACACAGUUAGCUCAUUCUCUUCUACUGAUCCUUCUAUUCCUGGAAAGCUCCUUCGCUUGGUUUUCCAUGAUUGCUUUGUGGAGGGAUGUGAUGCCUCUUUGAUGCUGCAAGGGAACAAUACAGAACAAAGUGAUCCAGGAAAUAGAUCUGUUGGAGGAUUUUCGGUGAUAGAUUCAGCAAAAAGGGUCCUUGAGAAAUUCUGCCCUGGAACAGUUUCUUGUGCGGACAUAAUAGCUAUGGCUGCUAGAGAUGCUGUCGAAAUAGCUGGUGGACCUAGAAUUAUGAUUCCUACAGGUAGGAGAGAUGGGAUGGUUUCACUUGCUUCAAAUGUCAGACCCAACAUUGUGGAUACCAGUUUUUCAAUGGAUGAGAUGGUUCAACUCUUUGCCAGUAAAGGAUUAUCCUUACUUGAUCUUGUAGUCCUUUCAGGAGCUCAUACCAUAGGCACAGCACAUUGCAGCUCAUUCAGGGAUCGUUUUGAAGAAGAUUCAAGGGGAAAGCUUAUGCUGGCUGACAAAACCCUUGACAGUGACUAUGCUAAAGUGCUGAUGGAAGAAUGUCCAUCUGGUGUACAACCAUCUGUAAAGGUGAACAAUGAUCCUCAAACAUCUUUGGUCUUUGACAACAUGUACUACCAAAACCUUCUGGCUCACAAGGGCCUCUUCCAAUCAGAUUCUGUUCUCAUAAGCAAUGAUAGCACAAGGAUAUUAGUGGAGGAUUUUGCAAAUGAUCAAGACCUUUUCUUUCAAAAUUGGGCUCAGUCCUUCUUGAAGCUCACUAGUGUUGGAGUCAAAUCUGGUGAUGUGGGUGAAAUUAGAAUAUCUUGUGCAUCAACUAAUGCAUAAGGGAAAAAUAUUAAUGCAGCUAUUAAUUUAAGGUUUAAUAAUCAAUUUUGUCCUCAGUUUCGUUCACAAAUCUUAAUUUAAUCCUUCGUUUUAAAAGUGAUUGAAAUGAUUGUGAGUUAAAUUAGUCCCUUCCGUUAAAUAAAAUCUAUAAAAUAAUAUCUCUUAUGCUAAAUCAUUAAACCCUUAAGACCAUUUGAUUCUGUUUAACAAAAUAGACUAAUUUGACUCAAAAUUUUGAAAAUGAAGACUUAUUUCAAACACUUUUAAAACAAGGGACUAAAUUGAUAUUUGUCAACGAAACUGGAAACAAAAUUGACUAUUAAGCCUUAAUUUAAUUAUAGAAAACUAAGUUAUAAAAUGAGGUUGUUCUUAUUAGUAUCUUCUUCUGCUUACUUUAUUUUUUCAGGAGAAUAGUCUAAAGGCUUGACUGCGUUUCCUUUCUUUCUUUAUUUACCUGUUGUUUAAUUUUAUUUGGCUGCUCUUUUUUUCUUCUUUUAUUUUGGCUUGGAAUUCAAAGAAACACAAAAUGAGAAUUCUCAAGUGAAAAAAAAAAUCAAAUUGGACCUUUUUACUAUCACAGAGAAUCCAAUUCCAAAAACCUGAGAUUGCGAGCAAACUUGGACAAAUAGUAACAGUAGUCUAAUUUUUCACGACUUACAUUAUAUUUGUAAAAUUUGUCUCCUUUUUCAUAUGUUUUCUUCAGUGG